GUUUAUCUAGAGUGUUCAGAUAGGACCAAGUGGCCCUCACAAUCAGCCAGUCAUUGGUCGAGUGGCCGUGCGAGAUUGUUGCCGCCUACAAAUACCAAGACCUCACGUCCAGCUCGCACAGAGACGUCGCGCCGCUGCCAUGGCAACCGAGGCUCUGUGCUUGCUGCUGCUGCUGGUUGCGCCGGCGCUGUCCGUGCGGCCUCCCCGCAACUACCUGCUGAGGACUUCGCCGAGGCAGGAACCACACAGGCCCGCGACGGGAGAGAAGGCCACGGGACAGCUGAUCCUCACCGAAUACCUGGAGGCCGGCAAGGUCGAGCAGGCGCAGCGGCUGUCCAGAGUGAACGGCAGCGCCUUCCCCGAGGACAUUCCCAGCUACUCCGGCUUCUUCACCGUCGACAAGUCCAAGAGAUUCAACACGUUCUUCUGGUUCUUCCCGGCGGAGCACGACUACAAGAAUGCUCCGGUAGUUCUGUGGCUACAAGGAGGUCCUGGGUCCACUUCUCUCUUCGGGCUGUUUGAGGAGCUGGGUCCAUUCUCCGUCGCCAAUGACUCUUCCACUCUCAUAAGAAACCCAUACUCGUGGCACAAGAACCACUCGCUUCUGUUCAUCGACAAUCCUGUGGGAGCAGGAUUUAGCUACACAGGUAGCAGCUAUCCAAGAAACCAAACUGAAAUAGGAGAAAAUCUAUACUCCGCAAUGGUACAGUUCUUUACUUUGUUCCCGGAUCUUCAAAAGAAUGAUUUCUUCAUUGCUGGGGAGUCAUAUGCGGGAAAAUAUAUACCAGCACUGGGUCACACAAUCCAUAAGAAUAAUCCGAAUGCCAGUUUGAAGAUCAAUCUAAAAGGCCUGAUCAUAGGAGACGGUCUCACCGACCCUGUGCACCAGCUAGACUACAGCGACUAUGUGUACCAGGUGGGUCUGGUGGACAACAGCACGUGGAAAAGCAUGAAGAGAAGCGAAGGCCAAGCACGCGCAUACAUCAAGGACGAGGAUUUUUUCAACGCAUUUUAUGCAUGGUCGGAAACACUUAGUUUCUACGAAGAGGCAUCUGAACUGGGUGUUUACAACAUCGUCAAAGGGGACGAUUCUUCCACCAGUUACAUCACCUUCUUGGAGAAGGAAUCCACCCGCUCCGCGCUUCACGUCGGCUCAGUGGCGUAUAAUGACAUGAACGACGACGUUUACGACGCCCUCCGGACAGACAUGAUGAGGUCGGUGGUUUCGUGGGUUGAGGAGCUCCUGGACGCCGGGUACCGCGUCACUUUCUACAGCGGCCAGCUGGACGUGAUAGUCGCCUACCCGCUGUCGGAGAACAUGUUCCAGAACCUCAGGUUCAAGGAGGCCGAGGCGUACGCCAAGGCGGAGCGGCACACGUGGGGCAAGGGCAUCCAAGUGUACGGCUACACCAAGAAGGCCGGCGGCCUGACCGAGGUGCUGGUGAGGAACGCCGGUCACAUGGUGCCGGCGGACCAGCCCGCCGUGGCCUUCGACCUCAUCUACAAGGCCACCAGGGGCACUCUCUGAGCAUCUAGACCUGUGUGUCACUACAAUAAGUACAGAAUAAUACCAACAUUUGAGAAUAAACAGUUUCUUAAAAUA